UAUGCACACAAUGAAGAGCUUCACCUUAAUAACAGCCUUACUUCUCUGCAGCCUCGGCCGGAUCUCUGUCUCAGUUUCUGAGUCUCAGACUGUGAAGGUCCAGUCUGGUGAAGAAGUCACUCUGCUGUGCUCCAACAUUUCCAGAACUCCAACUCAGACAGACUGGUUCAGACUGAUCAACAGAACCAAGCCCAGCUGUAUCUCCUCCAUGGAUCAGUCUGAUGGCAAAGUUUCAUUCUGUGAUGGAUUUCAAAAUGGAAGAUUUGAAAUGAGCUCCAACAAUUCCAAUGUCUUUCUUAAAAUCAAACACGUGGAUUUAUCUGACUCUGGACUGUAUUUCUGUGGAUUUUACAUGGACAAACAUACAGUCAUUGCCAGUGCAAUUCUUUUAAAUGUUAAAGGUGAAUUUAUUAGUGAAACUAAUGAUGAAGUGGCUUUUAAGACUGAAAAGGAGCCUGGUGGAAUGACAAACCUAAUGUGUGAGAUCCUGGCUUGUCUGGCUGUUUUCCUCAAUAUAGCCAUCAUUGUUAUGGCUGUUAAAAUCAUGAAACUUCAGACAGUUGUGAAUGAAGAACCGCAGCCAGAGGCAAACAAGAAUCUGGGCUCAGAUGACCUGAACUACGCAGCUCUAAGCUUUCAGCCAAAAGCAAAAAGAUACUGCAGGCCUGCAUCUGAGAGAGAACUGGAGCCAAAUGUUGUGUAUGCUGCCACCAGAUAAACUCAGAAAGCAACUGGAACUGCAGGCUGGAUCUCUGUCUCUGUUUCUGAGUCUCAGACUGUGGAGGUCCAGCGUGGUGAAGAAGUCACUCUGCUGUGAUCCAACAUUUCCAGAACUUCAACUCAGACAGACUGGUUGAGACUGAUCAACAGAACGAAGCCCAGCUGUAUCUCCUCCAUGUUCAAGUCUGAUGGAAAAGUUUCAUUCUGUCACAGAUUUAAAAAUGGAAGAUGAAAUGAGCUCCAACAUUUCCAAUGUGUUUCUUAAAAUCAACAUGGACAAACAUACAGUCAAUUGUAGUCAAGCCUUACCUCUUUCAGAGAUCUAAUUUCCUCAUCAUGUUUGUAGUUUAUCUCUCAUGUAAUGUCACUGUAGUAAGACAAACAAGAAACUAUUGUGUGUCAAAUGA